UACAGUAUAUAAUAUACAUAUAUUGUGUGUGUAUAUAUAUAUAUAUUAAUAUAUGUAGAGAGAGAGAGAGAGAGAGAGAGAGAGUUUGUGUGUGUGUGUGUGUGUGUGUGUGUGUGUGUUUUUUUUAAGAGAGAAAUAGGGAGGGGAUCCGGGCAAGCUGAGUGUUGCUGGGUGACCAAUAUAUCCCUUUGCCCCUCUCAAGCUGGGUCGGCCUUGGAUUUUGGGUAAAAAGCAGAGAGAGAGAGAACUCUCCUGCACUUUAUUCUCUUCAAAUUCGAUACUUUGCUGUACCCAGAACGAGGUUUUGAGUGAGCCCCCUCUCUCUAUAUCUCUACCAUCUCUUUAUAUGUCUCCUACAUUGUAUUUUUCUAGCUUCAGAAUCUCAUAGUAUAACUUCCACGCAUCUGUUCUGUUUUUAUCACUCUGUUCAUUGCCCUUUGAAUUUUCUCUCUUUCCUCUGUUUUCUCUCUACUUAAAACAGAAGAGCAAAGAUAAAGAAAAUAACCCAACUGGGUUCUUUUGAUUUGACCUCGUGUUUGUUUGCCCGGAAGGGCCGGAACCAAAAUGCCAAGAAACCGGGAUUGCUUCUUUCCCUCAAAUUGUUUUCUCUUUAUUUCCUGAGGAAACAAAGUCCUCUGUUUCUACUGUCAUUCAAACCAGUAAACUCUUUCUUGGUUUUUGUAACAAUUACAAAGCUUAUUUUCUUAAUUCUUGUUAUUUCUAGAAAAAAAACCAGUAAUCGGGAGCAAAAUCCCCCUUUCAGGGCCUUCUUCCUUCAAUAGUUUUCUCCAUUUUUUUCUUCAUUUUCGUUACAUUCAAUCAAAAUCCAGAAGUUCAAUUAACAGUUGACAUCUAUAUAUGAAGUUGUAAAACAAUGAGAGAUGGGAACUCCAAGAAAAGCAAGCUUUCAUGGCCGAAGACCCUGGUCAAGAAAUGGUUCAAUAUCAAGAGCAAAUCAGAGGACUUUCACGCGGACGAGGUCUUCUAUGGAGGUGGUGAUGAAGAAUGGAGGAAAAACUUCUCAGAGAGGGAAGCAUGCACUAUCAAGAAAAGCAAAACAGAAAGAUCAAGUAGGAGAAACUCUGAUAGGGCCUGGCGCAGUAAGAUUGACCUCGAGGCCUCCCAAGUUACAGAUGUGCAUAAUUAUAGGAUCUUUGUAGCUACAUGGAACGUAGCUGGAAAAUCUCCACCAAGUUAUUUGAAUCUUGAAGAUUGGCUACAUACCUCACCUCCUGCUGACAUUUAUGUUCUUGGAUUUCAAGAAAUUGUCCCUCUGAAUGCUGGUAAUGUUUUGGGCACAGAAGACAAUGGCCCAGCUAGAAAAUGGCUAGCACUCAUCCGAAAGACUCUAAACAGUCUUCCUGGAACGAGUGGGGCUUGCCAAACACCUUCACCAAUCCCUGAUCCCAUUGUGGAAUUAGAUGCAGACUUUGAGGGAUCAACUAGACAGAAAGCCUCAUCUUUCUUCCAUCGUCGAUCCUUCCAGUCCCUGAGUCGCAGUAUGAGAAUGAUGGAUAAUGACAUGUCCACACCACAACCCCGACUUGAUCGUCGAUUCAGCGUUUGUGAUCGGGUUAUGUUUGGACACAGGCCUAGUGAUUAUGACCCAAAUUUCAGAUGGGGGUCCUCUGAUGAUGAGAACGGACCUGGUGAUUCGCCAGGCACCACGCACCACUACUCACCAUUGACAUACAGUGGAUCUAUUUCCAUGGGGGAUGGAGAUAGACAGCCAGGAAAUUCAAGGUACUGUUUGGUGGCCAGUAAGCAAAUGGUUGGAAUAUUUCUCACAGUAUGGGUGAAAAGUGAUCUAAGAGAUGAUGUUCGCAACAUGAAAGUUUCUUGUGUGGGCAGAGGAUUGAUGGGUUAUCUUGGAAAUAAGGGUUCAAUUUCAAUUAGCAUGUCUUUGCACCAAACAAGCUUCUGCUUCAUUUGUAGUCAUUUAACCUCUGGGCAGAAGGAGGGAGAUGAGUUGCGAAGAAACUCAGAUGUCAUGGAAAUUCUUAGGAAGACAAGGUUCCCAAGGGUUCAUGGCAUGGGGGACGAGAACUCGCCUCAAACAAUCCUUGAUCAUGAUCGAAUCAUUUGGCUUGGGGAUUUGAAUUACCGGAUUGCCUUGUCUUACCGUUCUGCAAAAGCUCUUGUUGAGAUGCGCAAUUGGAGGGCUUUGUUAGAAAAUGAUCAGCUACGGAUAGAGCAGAGACGAGGGCAUGUCUUUGACGGAUGGAAUGAAGGGAAGAUAUAUUUCCCUCCCACAUACAAGUACUCAAAUAAUUCAGACAGAUAUGCAGGUGAUGAUAUGCACCCAAAAGAAAAGCGAAGAACCCCCGCAUGGUGUGAUCGAAUAUUGUGGUAUGGUAGAGGACUCCAUCAAAUAUCUUAUGUCCGUGGUGAGUCUAGAUUCUCAGAUCAUAGGCCAGUUUAUAGCAUUUUUGUGGCAGAGGUCGAGUCUAUCAACCGUAACCGAAUCAAGAAAAGCAUGAGUUGUUCCAGUUCCAGGAUAGAGAUAGAAGAGUUGUUGCCACACUCAAAUGGAUAUACUUCACUUAAUUUCUUCUGAGGAUUUGAUUCGAAUUCAAGAAGGCGUGAUUUGGUUCACAUAGAUAAAAAAAGAGUUACAAGUUUAAGGAUGCUACCAUUCUGUGGAAGGUUGAUUCAAGAUAUCAUGAAAGAAUAUAAUGUUUUCCUCAAUUCAACCCGAGGUUAUCUUCUCAAUCAGUCGGAUCGGGUGAAGAAGUCUGCCUCAACAGUGAUGGACACAUUCAUUGCCAGCAACCCGGAAGAGGUUCCAACUUGCAUUUUUCUGUUGAUUUUACGGCACAAUUAUUUUCAUCACCAGUACUAGCAAGUUUGGGACAGCUAGGUCUAUAGAAGCAUUCACCAUCAGUCUAUCACUCUCAGCUAUCAAGAUGACGUGGCUAAUCGAAGAGUGCAAGUGUUUCUGGGUGACAUAAUUGGAUAAUAAUAAAUCAUUUUGCAAAACCAGAAAAUGAAAUCCGAAUAACAGAUUUAUUCUGUGAAAUAAAACAUGUAAAAGAAAAAUAAAAAUGAUGAGAAAUUAUCAAAUAAUCAUCCUUUUUUUUUUUUAUAUAUAUUCUUUUUUCUUUUUUGAUUUGUUUUGAGAUGUGAUGGAUAAUGGUUACAAGUGAAAAAAGAGAAGUUGAAGUUCGUGAUGAAUAUGAAGCUUCCUUUCCAUUAACGAAAAAGAAAAAAGAACGGUGAAUUUGAUCUGUCUUUUGUGCCCAUCCUCUUGAGUCAUGGUGACAUUGUGUGUAGG